AUGGCCAGUCAAGAAGACACAGACGAUCUCUACGCCGAUCUCUACGGUGGCGACGGCGCUGGAUCAGGCGAUGUCGUAGACCUCGGUAGCCAAGUUCAUGAAGGUGACGAACAGGAUCCCAUCGGGUACGUGGACGACCACACCAACCACGACGACAAGAACGACAACCAGAAGGAUGGAAGCAACGGCAAGACGUACGACAAGCCCAAUGCGGGCAGCGGAGGCUCUUUCAUCCCUCCUCCCUCCUCGACGCAGCAGCAACAGCAGCAGCAGCAGCAAGACACAGGUUUGCAGAUCAAAGGAAGCUUCAUCCCUCCACCUGCAGCAUCCGCAGCUCACUCGCAGAGUGAUGUAAGGGAUCUAACGCCUGCGAGCCACAACAGUGCUCAGCAGGGUGCUGAGCAGAAUGAUGCGUAUAGCAAUGGUGAAGCAGGAGGGCAGGGAGGAGAGGGCGGAGAGAACAGAGCAGUGAUGCCGCAUGAGAUGCCUGAAGAAGGAAAAAUGUUUGUCGGAGGUCUCAACUGGGACACUACUGAAGAUUCUCUCCGCCGCUACUUCUCCCAAUUCGGCGAGAUCGGUCACUGUACCAUCAUGCGCGACAACCUUACCGGUCGCUCUCGAGGUUUCGCCUUCCUCAACUUUGUCGAUCCUAAAGCAGUCAACACUGUCAUGGUGCGAGAGCAUUAUCUUGAUGGUAAAGUCAUCGAUCCAAAACGAGCAAUCCCACGCCCACAAGGUGGAGGCUCCCAUCAAGGUCAACAACAGCAACAACAUCCCUCUGGUGGCAACAACUACAACAUCAACACCAACUUUUCCGCCCCUUCUUCCGGUGGACAAAAGCUUUUCGUCGGUGGACUUCCUGCAUCGAUAACACCCGUAACCUUCCGUCAGUUCUUUGAACAAUUCGGACCGCUUUCCGAAUGCACGUGUAUGAUGGAUCGCGAGACGGGUAAGCCCCGUGGAUUCGGCUUUUUAACCUAUGUUGAUGAUGCGUCGUUGCAGACGGUUCUCAAUACCCACCCAAUCGUGUUUGAUGGGAAGGAGGUAGAUGUGAAGCGCGCACAGAGUAAGAACGAUCCGCAAUCACUGCAGAUGAGAAGACAGCAGAGGGUGGAUAAUCCUGAAAUCAAUGCCAAUACGGGGUAUCUCGGCCAUGGGAGGAAUAAUCAGCGUAGUUACAACAGCAAUAAUGAUAAUGCUGGUGGAGGUUACGGAGGAGGAAACAACUGGGGAGCAGCAGGGCAGACGAACCCUAUGAUGGGAGGGUUUGAUCCUGCGGCAAUGGCACAGAUGUAUCAGAGUAUGGGUUGGGGAGGUGCGGCGGGUGGAAUGGGGGGACAGUGGAAUCCGAUGGCUUGGCAACAGAUGAUGGCUAGUAUGGGCGGAGCGGGAGGGAUGGAUAUGAGUGCGAUGAUGGGGAUGGGGGCGAUGGGGAAUAUGAGUCCGACUAACAUGGCUGGUGCGAUGAGUCCGAAUAUGGUGAAUGCUCAGAGGGGCGGUUCAUCGGGCCCGGCUGGGGAUGAGAGAGGCUCGUCGAACAGGUUUCAGAGAGGGGGAAGUCAUAUGGGUGGCAAUGGGGGAGGAAGGAAGCAGGGAGAAGGUUAUGAUAGGGAGAGGUCUCCGAGGUCAACUAGUAUUCCUACUGGUCCGUCUGGUGGAGGACAUUCUAGAGAGAGAAGUCCGAACAGGCAGGGUGGGAACGGGAGGUAUGAUGGCGGAAGUCGCAACAGGUACUGA